UUUUUUGAGUUGACGCCACCGCGCACGAUCUAAAGCCGUGGACUAGCAGCGCCUCUCUCACUGGGCACUUCCGCUGCACUCGAGCGAGGGAUUGCUGCGUCCCCCAUUUUUCCGUGCUGCUGGGCGACGGCCGAUGCUGCUGGAUAUGUUUGGCCUCAAAAGAAACGCAGUAAUCGGCCUCAACCUCUACUGUGGGGGCGGCGGGUUGGCGGCCGGCGGCGGCGGCAGCGCCUCCCCUUCGGGAGAGCGCCUUCUGGCCGCCGGGAAGGAGGCCACCGCCCGGCGAGAGGCAGGGGGAGGGGAAGCCGGUGCGGUGAUUGGCGGAAGCGCCGGCGCGAGCCCCCCGACCACUCUCGCGCCGGACGCCCGGAGGGUCGCGCGGCCUUCGCCCAUUGGCGCCGAGGGCCCCGACGUCACCGCGACCCCCGCAAGGCUGUUCUUCGCGCCCGCCUUCUGUGCGUCGCCGCCUAAAGAGAUGGAAGCCCCGGCGGCCGACGCCAUCAUGUCGCCCGAAGAGGAGCUGGACGGGUACGAGCCGGAGCCUCUCGGGAAGCGGCCGGCUGUCCUGCCCUUGCUAGACCUGGUCGGGGAGGCCAGUAAUGGCCCCGGGACGGGCGGCUCACUGCCCUCUACGCCGCCCCCAGCAGAGGAGGAGGAGGACGACGACUUGUACCGGCAGUCCCUGGAGAUUAUCUCUCGGUACCUUCGGGAGCAGGCGACCGGCGCCAAGGACGCGAAGCCAAUGGGCCUGUCCGCGCCCGCCAGCCGGAAGGCGUUAGAGACCCUUCGGCGGGUUGGGGACGGUGUGCAGCGCAACCACGAGACGGCUUUCCAAGGCAUGCUUCGGAAACUGGACAUCAAAAACGAAGACGACGUCAAAUCUUUGUCUCGAGUCAUGGUUCAUGUUUUUAGUGACGGAGUAACAAACUGGGGCAGGAUUGUGACUCUUAUUUCUUUUGGUGCCUUUGUGGCCAAACACUUGAAGAGUAUAAACCAAGAAAGCUGCAUCGAACCAUUAGCAGAAAGCAUCACAGAUGUUCUCGUAAGGACAAAACGAGACUGGCUAGUCAAACAAAGAGGCUGGGAUGGGUUUGUGGAGUUCUUCCACGUAGAGGACCUAGAAGGCGGCAUCAGAAAUGUGCUGCUGGCUUUUGCAGGUGUUGCCGGAGUUGGAGCUGGGUUGGCAUAUCUAAUAAGAUAGCCUUUUAAGCGAAAUAAUUGACUGUUCAACUCCAGGCACCAAACCCUCAUACAUCUGCGGUGACAACAGUGUGUUUAUGACGUUGGACUUUAAGCUGUCCAGGCUGUAACCUCCAAGCAACGUAGAACAGCAAGUGGCGCGAGGAUUAUAGCUCAGGAAUAAAUACAUGGGAAAGGAGCCCCCACUUGAAGAGUCACUGAAAGAAGCCAAGUCAGCAAACUUUGGGAGGCCAUGGAGGAGGACCUUUAGAUUUAGUGAAGACGGUAGGGUGGAAAGACUUGAUGUCCUUGUCUAGAACAGGAAGAGUGGCCAGUAGCCAGGCUAGUCAUAGAGUUCGUUAAAUAUGCCUACUGAAUUCGUUAAGUCCCUGUAGUGUUAAAGAGGAAGCACUAACAUUGCCAGCGACUCUGCAAAGUGGAUUUAAGCUACAAUAGAACUCGGACUAAAAGCCUCAGUACUGUACAACAGAGUGUAAAGGGAAGCUUUUUUCCUUAAGCUUUCCCAGGUAUGCUUCUUGAAGACUAAAAAGCCCAAGUGCUCAGGACUUUGGUACCUGUUCAACUUGGGCUUGGAUUGAAUGAUUUGAAGCUUGUUAGCCAAGUAAGGCCAAAAGUACUUGACUUAAGGCUCAACGAUGACAGUUAAAAUAUGGAAUGUUUUCAAUUUUUAAGAUACAACUUGUAAAUAUAUUUGUCUGUAAAAAUUGUAUAUAUUUUUACAGAAAGUCUAUUUCUUUGAAAUAUAAAAGGAAGAGAUUCUCAAAUUUUCAUUAUUUUUUUUCAUAUCCUUUUUAGAUUUACAACUUCUGUAGUUAGGAAUCUGUUUCUUACCAGCUUUUCUAUUCUAAACUUUGUUCUGAUAAUUCUAGAUUGUAUACAGCCAAUUGAUGUGUGCAGCCCUGGUUGUGAAACAAUUCUGAGUCAUAACUAUGCAGUCUUUAAUUUUCCUAUCUGAUUUUGGUAAGUAUUCCUUAGAUAGGGUUUUGGGUUUGGUUUUUUUUUGGUGUGGGGGGACUGAGAAAGAAAUUGAGGAAUGGCAAUUAAUCCUUUCACUUGGCUUACAUGUAGGUUUUCAAUAAUCGAAGCAAGGGAUUUUGGGGGGCAGGCCAAUGAUGUGUACGCAUAAUGGGCUUUGGGCAACUACGUUGCGUUCCUUCCCUUUGGCGUAACUUAAAUGGUGAAAUUUGUGUUCACAAGCUCAUCUGCAAAGCUUUUUAAAAGACUCAGCUGUUCCAGAUGGGAAUUAUUAGCAAAGCAGUGUAUGAAAAGAUCACAUCAGUUGAAUGAGAGACAUUUGACCCAUUGUUUGCUUAAUAGUUGUAAAAUAAUGGCUUGAGAAAGAAAGGCUGUAGUCUAAUGAUGGUGCUAUUUUAGGCUGGCUUGUUAUACCCAGGUCUAAGCCUAGUAUAUCAAAAAUACUUGUUUUCAUUUGUUAAUGAUCCCCAAUCUCUGAUUCCUAAACUCUGUUUCACAUUUUUGCAUUGGCAUCUCUUCCGAUUUCAGACUAGAUACUCUGUUGAACUUAACAUUUGUUUCCGAUCCUUCCUUGAGAUAUUUGCUGCUUGUUCACCUCCCUCUACAGAUAUUUAGAGCAGUUCGUAUGUCUUUAGGCCACCCUGAACUAGAGCCCAUUUAAUUUUUGGCACUAGGAACCUAAGUAACCCUCCCUGUAGGAGUCCACAGACCUUCCUUCUUCAUGAAUUUUAUCCUUGGGAGGAGUCUUACUCUGUGUUCUGUGACAAUAGCAGUCAUGAGGUGGGAGGAGUCCCUUUUCUUCAAACUGGUACCUUUUUGGGGGGGAAGGUUUCAAAAGGCCCCUUAGGAAUUUCCAGAGGAGGGGACAGUAUCUUAAGUGACUUUCUCUAGGUUCCUUUGAAUUUGAAUAUGGUCACUUAAAAUGAUAGAACUAGGUGGGCUCUGUUACACCUCAGAGAGCUAUAAAAACAACAACAACAAAAAAGCUACUGGUUAAACUGAAGAAAGCUUCAGUGAUGGAAUUAGGGUUAUUUCAAAGCUUCAACCUCAAAUCCUGACCUUGUAUUUAGUCUGUGGACUCCAGAUAAAAAUAGACAUAAAUGACUAAGAAUGUAAUAGGGAAGAAUGCCCUGCCUGCCCAUCUCAGAGCCAUAAGGUCAUCUAGCUAGAACUAUUUUUACCUAUGUAUUUAUCGUUCUUGGUCAUAAACCACUUAUUUAUAUCACAUCUGCCUCUUAAGGACCUAAAAGCACUUUAUGUAGUUUUUAAUUAAUCUUAAUAUCUGGUUAAGGCGACUAAAAAGGCCUGUCUCCCCAAAUCCAGUUGUGGAAAUAAGCGCAGAGAUAAAUCGGUGGGGCUUAGGGGCCCAGUUCCCUAUUGACUAGGUGUGACUGCUGAAAUGAUGAGGAUCUAGUUGGUAUUUGGGUUUGGGGGCUGUUGAGGGCUUAGGAAGCCCAAGUGCUUCGGGGAAAGGGUGGGCGGUUUUGUAGGGAGAGGAAGCAAAGCAUUCUAAGUGCUGACUAGCUGCGGACUUCCGGCAGGUCUCCCAGUGCAAAGGGGAGGGAGGGGCUUCGUGGAAAGACCCCUCUCAGCAACUUCUCUGCCUUCAGCUUCUCUCAGGGAAAAUUCUGCAGUCCUAGUGUCCAUGUACAUUCUAUGGGGGUGAACACCUUGGUGGUGGUUCAACAGCUAUAAUACUGUUGACGGCUGUGCCAGGAAGGGUUAGGACCAACUGCAAAUUAAUAUGGGCUGUAAUGUGUGUUUUCCUAACUUCCUGUUUUUCCUGAGAAGAAAAUAAUAAAUUUUUUUUUUUUUCAAAUGCAA